CAGCAACAUACGUACAUUGCUUGAUAUGCCAACCCCUCCCCUGCCUUUAACCAUAAUUCAGCGGAAUUCUUUCACUGGAUUGAGCAAGGAAACAGAGUCCAUUCAUGGCUGCCACUGUGAAUCCGAGCGCGGAAGGGGCGCCUCUCAACACCCGUUUCGUGUUGUCAACCAAUCUCAUAAUCAACAGACUUCAUAUGCUCCUCAACGGGAUAGCUAUAGUCUCCAUUUUCUCCUACAGAUUCACCACUCUUUCUGCCAUUCUUGAAACAGGGGAAAUACCUCUCGUGCCUCAUCUCAUCGUCACUAUCUCCGAAGUAAUCCUCACGUUUCUCUGGAUUCUGCACCAGGCUUCCCGGUGGCGGCCCGUCAAGCACGCCGUGUUUCCGGAGAGGUUGCCGGGAGACGAGCAUCUCCCCGCCGUCGACGUGUUUGUCUGCACCGCUGAUCCUGGUAAAGAACCCUCUCUAGGAGUCAUGAACACUGUUAUAUCAGCUAUGUCUCUAGACUACCCUUCUCAUAAGCUCGCUGUUUAUAUAUCCGACGAUGGCGGUUCUUACAUCACAUUGGAAGCCGUUCGUGAAGCCUGGAAAUUUUCCAGGUUUUGGGUUCCUUUCUGUCGAAAAUAUGAACUGAAAGUCAGGUGCCCAGAAGCUUAUUUUGCUACUCAAGAAAGUGCUCAUGAGAGAUUCAUUGGCAGCACUGAGUUUGUUGCUGAUAGAAAGAUCCUCCAGGUUAUCACUGUUUUUUGAUUUUUUUAAAUGAAAACUAAGAUGAAGCUGUGGUCUGUUUUCUUAAAAUAUCGAAAAUAUUAGGUUUCUUCCUUUCUUUCUCCAAAAGUUGUGGACUUUCUGAGUUUUUGGUGCAGGAAAGAUAUGCCGAAUUCCAGGAAGCUUUGGAAAGUAAUUUGGGGAACGCGAGCAAAUCUGUUAGCAGAGAUCAUCCGCCUACCAUAGAGGUAAUGACCGAUGAAAAUAAUGAUUUCAGCCUAAGAAAGAUGCCACUUCUUGUCUACAUUGCUCGGGAAAAAAGACCACGCCAUCCACACCAUUUCAAAGGAGGAGCACUCAAUGUUCUGCUCAGAGUAUCUGCAGUGAUAAGCAAUGCUCCAUACUUUUUGGUCUUGGACUGUGACAUGUACUGCCACGAUCCUUCUUCUGCUCGCCAAGCUAUGUGCUUCUAUCUUGAUCCUAUAAUAUCUCCAAAGCUAGGUUGGGUUCAGUUCCCUCAGAAAUUCCGUAAUACAAGUGAACGUGAUAUCUAUGCUGCACGGCUAAACCACCUUUUGAGAGCAGGGUAUGGUUUUGAUGGUCUUAGAGGAACUAACAUAAAGGGCUGCAAUUUUUUCAUGAAAAGGGAAGCAGUCUAUGGAACUAAGAACAUUCAAAGGGAAGCUGAUGUCAACCAGCUGAAGAUGUUGUUUGGCUCGAGCAAUGAGUUCAUUGAAGCUUUUAUGUACAAAAAAAGUUACAUGCCAAAGUUGCCUGAAGACAGAAAGCCCUUUGAUGCAUUGCAGAAGGAGCUUGAAUUGCUAGCCUCAUCUACUUAUGAUGUUGGCACACAAUGGGGAAAAGAGGUGGGCUACCGAUAUUUUAGUGUUGUGGAGGAUGGGAUAACAAGCCUUGAAUUGCACUGUGAUGGGUGGAUUUCUGUGUUAAUCAACCCUUCCAGACCAUGUUUCUUGGGUGCAGCCACUACCAACUUAAAUGACUUGUUAGUUCAACAGGCUCGUUGGGCUUUUGGACUGAUGCAAAUGGGUCUGUCAAGGUUUAUGCCUCUUAUAUAUGGUCCAAUGAGAAUGUCAAUUCUUCAAAGCAUGUGUUAUGGUGCACUUGUACUUGACUCUCUUUCCACCAUCCCCUUCUAUGGGUUAUCCAUAAUUUCUCCAAUUUGUCUACUUUAUGGCAUUCCUCUGUAUCCCCAGGUAUCAGAUCCAUUUUUCUUUGCGUUUGCAUAUGCUUUCAUGUCAUCACAACUCAAGCAUGUGCAAGAGGUCUUUUCCCUUGGUGAUCAUUCAUUCAUGAAUGCACUCUAUGAACUAAGGGCUUGGAUGAUGAAGUUAGGAUCAUGUUACUUUUAUGCGCUUAUCAAUUCUGUUUUGAAUAAACUUGGUUUGCAUGAGGCAGAUUUCAAUCUAACAAAAAAGGUGGUCAAUGAUGAACAAGCCAUGCUUUAUGAGAGGGGCAUAUAUGAUUUCCGAGCAUCGCCCAUGUUGCUCGUUCCAAUGUGCAGCAUCUAUAUUCUAAAUCUUGUUUGUUUUGUCAUUGGAAUGUCAAGGAUGUAUGGCAAGAGUGGAAAGUUGUUUGCCCAAGCUACUCUCUCAUUCUUUGGGAUAGUGGUCAACUACCACAUGUUUGAAGGUAUGUUCUUGAGGAAGGACAAUGGUCGCAUCUCACUAUAUGUCUCUCAGCUCGCUCUUACGGCAUCUGGAGUUAUCUUGGGAUGUGGGUCAAUUCUUGUUCAAUACUGAUUUGAAAAUGUACUUAUGCCCAAUUGUAGUGAGUGUUUUCUGGUAUGUUGAAGAAGUAGAACUGCAAAUCCAGAUUGUUCUAAUGUGAAACUAAACCUUCAUUGAUCUCAGCUCUAAUCUGAGAGGUUGGAAACUUGUACUAUGAUGAAUUUCUUCUGUCUCUUUGAAUUUGAUCCGUUGUACUUAGUAGUUGGUAUAGUCUAGUCUAGUUUGUUCUAAUGUGAUAUUAUGUGUAUAUUAUUAUUAUUAUUAAUUUAUUAUUAUUUAAUGUUAUCCAA